AUAACACAAACACCACAAAAGAGUAAAAUUUAUUUUUAGGAGGAAAAUGGAAUCUAUGCUAAGAAUCCAGUACGAAGACAGAUUUUUUCAAGGAUUAGUUUUUGAUUACAGAGAAUCCAAACAACCCCUUGUAUUCUAAGCUACAAGAAACUUUUAGCUUGAAGUGCAAAUUAAUUGUAUGCAUUAUUGCUCAGCUCAGAGGAGAAGAAAUUUGUAGUUGCUAGCCACCAUUUUGAAUGCUGAGUAGUUGAAGGUAACAAGAAAAUGAAUGUUGUAGUAGCAUCUCUUGUGGAACCAUUACAAGUACCAUACAACUACAACUCCUGUAAAAAAUCCCAAAUCAAGAAAAACCCAGAAUGUGUUAUGGUUGCUUCAUCUAGUAGUGGUGUUGGUUCUCUUGUAAUUGAAACCAAUCAAGAUCAGCAGCAGAUUUCGACUUCUACACAAACCCCAACAACAACCCUAUCGUCAGUUGCUGCUCGUCGACUCAUACUGCUUAGACAUGCGAAGAGUUCUUGGGAGGAUCGCUCUAUUCGGGAUCAUGAUCGUCCUUUGAGUAGAUCUGGACAACUUGAUGCUAUCAAGGUCUCGCAGAACCUUCUAAAACUGGGUUGGAUUCCACAACUUAUUUUAUCAAGUGAUGCACUGCGAACGCGGGAAACACUGAAAAUAAUGCAGGAGCAAAUUCAAGCCUUUUUGGAAGCUGAAGUACAUUUUAUUUCAAGCUUCUAUUCUGUGGCAGCAAUGGAUGGGCAGACAGCUGAGCACCUACGACAAGCAAUAUGUAACUACUCGAGGGAUGAGAUCUCAACAGUCAUGACUGGAAGAAUGGAGUGCUCAAAUGUUUGCUUGGAUUAUUGUACAAACAAAUAAGUCUCACCAUCAGCUGCAAAUGUAAACCAGACAGGCAGCAAGUUAGUUUUGAAAUCAUAUUAUAACAGGCUAAUAAAGAUGAAGGACAUGAAUUUUCUUCAUUCCUUGAUAUGAGUGGUUAGGUAUGUAUUCGGGUGCGUCCUAGUGGUUAAUGUAGUGGAGGGAGAACUAUGAGGUCUUAGGUUCAAAUCCUAGCGGAGGUGAAAACCAUUAGAUUAUGUCUUCCAAUCUGCCGAAGUCUUGGUUGGUUGAGUUUCAGUAACUCGAUUCCUGUCCUGGUGAAGGGAAGUAGUACCCAGUGAAAUGGCAGAGAUAAGCGCAAGUUGUCCAUGAUACCACCACCAUUUUGAAAAAGUGCUUAGCAUACAGAGAAAGGUGUCAUUUUUUAAGUACGACAUGGGAGCCAUUCUUCAUUGCAGAAAACACGAGGAAAAAACUAUACUAUUUGUUGGUUUUGAUGUGCAGGAAGGCAUGUGAAAUGUCAGUCACUUGUUACGCUAUAUAAAUUAUGGUAUACGGUAUGGAGUAUUUUGGGAGUUGAAUUGGAUUAGUCACAGAAGUGACUUGCAUGGAUAUUCAGCUGGGAGAUGUGUAGGAGAGUAUAGGAAAUACUCCCUAAUCACUUUCUUGGAUCAUAAGGAAUGAGAGAAACAUAAAAGCAUUCAAAAGAGUUAAAGAAAACCCUUUUCUACAAUUGUUUCUUUUUGUACGCUUUGGAGUAUAAAAGAUAUUUCUGUCGGUAGUGAUGACCAGACGGUCUUUGUAGAUAUUUAUGUUUUUGUGAAAUACUUUGCUUUUGCAUACUGUUAGUGUAAAGGGUUGUCCUAUUACUUGAAGUAUUAACCUCAAUACAAUUAUUGGAUUUGUACGACCUUCUAUUUUAUCUCCGGUUUGAGAAAUGACAGUUCAUUAUGUCAAUUGACAGUUAUUGGGUAAAGUACUUCAUAGUAAAAUACUAAAAUUUGA